AUGAUAGGACUUAAGACAAGCAAACAAAGAUUCAAUUUAUUUUAUUUAGACGAAAGUGAGCUUUACACAGAAGAUUUCAGUGGCUACUGCAUAUAUAAAAGUAUCCAUACAGAAGAAGAGCACAAAGAAAGAGGCAAGUUUCACAUAUGCUCGCGCUCCAUAAUAUUUGAAUCUGAUAACCCAGAAAUACCUUUAAUGAAAUUCGGCUAUAGAGCGAUGAUGAAGCCACCUUAAUUAAAAUUAGAAGAUAACAAAAGAGGCUAAUAAGAAGUAAAAACCUUAGGUUCUAAUAAAGACGAUAAUUCUGUAGAAAUUAUAGUUAAUAAAGUAGUAGAAAUAGAUACCAGCGGUCCUCCAUCACCUUAUAUUCAUCAUGACUUUGAAAUAGCCCCUUACUUUCAUGUUAGCAUCAUACCUAUUUAUGAUAAUGUAUAGAGAGUUCAACAAUGGAUUUCACAACUCUACGAUAUAUAAAAGAGUUCUCCUUAUUCUGGCAAUUAGGAAGAAGAAAUUCAGCAGAUUCUCAUGGAAAAGAAUGGCAAGAAAAAAUUCAAUAUGAGUUAGACUGAGAGUGUGAGCGAAAAACCUCUCUUAAACAACUAGCUUUUAUGCAGACAGAUUCUUCCUUUGAAUUCAAUUUAUGGCAUCCUUUAUGCAACUAACAAAAACAUAUACUUUUAGCCUAUACACAACAUAUCUACUAAACCCGUCAAAAUCAUUCCGAUUGAAUACAUCUUUAGACUCUAUAAGAGAAGAUUCGAAUUAAAGAACAUCGGCUUAGAAAUGAUGGUAUCAAACAAGAAUAAAUCUUACUACUUUGCAUUUGAAGACCAAAAUAAUAGAGAUCUACUCUAUAAUGCUCUCCUCAGAUAGGUUUCCUAAGAAUGCAUUUCAGAUCUCUCACUUGAAAAAGUUACUUUCAUGUGGUAAAACUAUCAAAUAUCAAACUACGAAUAUCUUAUGCAUUUAAAUCAUGCAGGUAAUAGAUCAUUUGCAGAUCUUUCGUAGUAUCCUGUCUUUCCUUGGGUUAUAUCUAAUUAUAAUAGUACUGAAAUAGAUAUUAAUGAUCCUGCUAAUUACAGAGAUCUCAAAAAGCCUAUCGGAGCUCUCAAUCCAAAGAGACUCAAGGAUUUCAAAGACAGAUAUCAAGACAUGCCUUCACCUAAAUUUUUGUAUGGAACACAUUAUUCAACUCCAGGAUAUGUUAUUGGUUAUUUGGUUAGAAAGAAACCAGAAUAUAUGCUCAAAUUACAAAGCGGGAAAUUUGAUAAACCAGACAGAUUAUUCAAAAGUAUUAAAGGUGAUUGGCGAAAUGUUUUAGAUAACCCCACAAGUGUUAAGGAGUUAAUUCCUGAGUACUUUUAAAACGAUGACUCUUUCCUCAUGAACUACAAAGAUUUAAAUUUUGGAAUCAGACAAAAUGGAAAAAAGGUAGACGCAGUAAAACUUCCCAAAUGGGCAAAAGGUGAUGCAAAGGAAUUUUUGAGAGUAAAUAGAGAAGCCUUAGAAAGUGAAAUAGUUUCCUAAAACCUUCAUCAUUGGAUUGAUUUAAUUUUCGGAUAUAAACAAAGAGGCUAGCACUCUAUUGAUGCAGAUAAUGUUUUCCAUCAUUUGACAUACGAAGGAAUGGUGGACUUGGAUGCAAUUUAAGAUCCUAUUGAGAGACAAGCUUUGCGUUGUUAGAUCAACGAAUUUGGAUAAUGCCCUAAAUAACUAUUUAAGAUUCCUCAUACUCCCAGAAGAUUACCAGUUUAGUCUCCUUUGAAUGGACUUAGCCAAAGCUUGAAUUUCGAUUGGAGUAAUGGCAAAGGCUCUUUAGAUCUUAAUGGAUAACUUUUAGCUUCUUCUAGCUUUGAAGAAUAUAAAGAUAGAAAUAGCUUGCCAGGAAAUAGCAUUUUUAGCACUCAAAAGGCUCGUGAUAGUAUCUAAGGUAGCAACAAUAAAAUGGCAGAAAGUUAUAUCUAAACUAAUAACUCUAAUAAGUAUUUGUGGGAGGUUUACGAUGGUAAUAAAAGCAUGUUACAAGUAGAUUUGAUUAGCAAGGCUCACAAAAAAAAUGUCACACAAAUCAGAAAAUUAAAAAAGAAAUAGAAUUAAAUAAUCAGCAUUGGAGAAGAUGGCUUUUUGAAAGUUUGCGAUUUGUCAAAUAAAUCUGUAAUUAAAAGCUUUAAAAUAUGCGAUCUUAAUCUUAGCAGCUUUGUUCCCAUAAAAGAAGAUGAAAUAUUUGCAAUUGGUUGUUGGGAUAACAAGCUUUAUAUAUUUAACUUAAACUAUGGCUCUAAAGUGAAAGUCUUAUCAAUUCACAACGAGUCAAUCAGUAGUCUAUGUUAUUUUUCCUCCUUAAACACACUUUUUACAGCAUCCUGGGAUUGCACAGUGAAAUAAUUUGCUUGCGAAGAUGGCUAGCUUGAUGAAGACUCAGAAGAUAUUUUCUGGGACCACGAUUCUCAAAUUACCCAUAUAUCGGGAAAUAAAGAAGAGACUCUUCUAGGUGUUGGAGAUGUUGAUGGUCAUGUCAAUAUUAUUGAUGUAAAAACAAAAUAAGUAAAGUUCAGCUUCUAAAUUCCAGAAUAAAAAAUCACAAAAAUAGUAUUCUCUAAAAAUCAUUUAGUAGCAUCUGGUGAUAAUGUUAUAAAACACUACGAAUUAAAUGGAACUGAAUUAUGCUAGUUUGAUGUAGAAUUACAAAACGGAUAAAUCACUGAUUUUGACAUAGAUGGUAGAAACCUUGUAGUUGUUACUAAUAAAGGACAUAUUGCUAUAUUCGAUUUACUUACUGAAAAGAAAGUAGGUCACUACUUUAAUGAUUUUAACGAAGGUGAUUUUGAUAUUGUUGAAGACUAGUAAUUCAGUUGCAUGACGACUUACAAAGAUGAAGAUAAUUUAAUAACCGCUUAUUUAGGAUCUAUAAAUGGGUCUAUAAAUAUAUUAUACAAAUCUUGA